AUGCAGGAACAUCUACCUGGUUCGAAACUUAUGGCCCCAAAAGGUCUCUCCAAUCUACUCUCAUGGAUGGGGACCGGUCAAGGACACGGCACCAAAAAGUUUUUGGACAUCGUGUCAGCUUCUGGUGGCUUUUUUCAGAAUGACCUUGACACAAUGCUGGCCUUAUUUUGGCCAGUGCACAAGGAUAACAUAGUGGACAUAUCACUCCAUGGUCCUGCCUCUGGCGGUGAUAAGAGAGGAAAAGUCCCCGUUUAUGACGAUACAAUCUGGGGCCAGCCGAGCAAUUAUCUUAACAUCACGCCAACGAAUGCACAUGGUAUAACUUACACACUUGAGGAUAAGUUUGGGCCGUAUUUUGCAGAGGAAGUGCAGACCACUUGGGUUGCAUGGCUGGGUGAUCUUGUCAACAAGGAUCUGGCCACGCAUCAAGGUGAUCGUAAGUCUUGGACAAGCACCAUGGAUAUGAUGACUGCUCUCAACUUGCUGGGAUUCAAAGCUGGGCUUACAGUCUUCCAACUGGUAAAUAGUCUAGUAUUUCUGGGGUUGGCAAAGAUGCCGGCAUCUGUAGAGGUCGCAGACUGGAUAUAUGAUCACGGAACACUGGGGGCGUACAGAGGUCUUCAGCACUUGGGUUUCAUCUGCCCUGACCUUGGAUCCGUUCAGUCUGCAUACAUGAUCAUUUACAACCAUCUUCACCAAUUCCUUACAGAGGACGACAAGAAAAUUCUCGGAUUCAGUCCCAUUUUUGUCGAGCAUCUUCUCUGCAAAGUGGUACGGUGGGAGUCACGCCUUGUAGAGGGAAAAGUAUCUAGCCUGGAUAAAAUGGCCGCAUCAAUUGACCUACCAGAAGAACAUUGGAUCUCAGGAAAGAAUAAGAUGGAUCAACUGGCUUUUCCUUUUCCCUUUUCAUCAGAUCCAGAGGAGUUGAAGAAGACCAUUGCAACAAUUAUGAAAAUUCAGUAG